AUGUCCAACCCCCCCUUUCACGUGUCGUCGCCUACAGCGCCCACUGGCGCAUUUGCCGAGCGAAAUCAGAUAACGCGUGUCUACGGCCCCACAGUCGGUAAUCGCGCUAUUCAAGUUCUCGACCCCGUCGAAUUGAUUUACUCGUCUAAUCCUAAGGCUCCUCCUGCGGGGGAUUGGCAGCUCAAUCACGGAUCCUUGCUGAAGCUGGUUCGCACCCAGGACGAACAUACAGUGUUAUCCCAGCCGGUGGGAUGCUUUCCCACUCGAUUCCCACGGGCGCGGUUCGAAGAAGCCCAGGGCAUACAGCGUAUCUACAAUAAACUGUACUGUGCAAUUUCAGAAGACGAGGACUGGAUCUUCGAUGCAGUUCAAGACCUGAUUUCCACAGAGCCUCUCGCCGCCGUGCUUUGGGGUAUCUAUCAGUCGGUGAAAAAGGAUGGCUUCGUCCAACCCGCAAGCCUGGGGAUAUUCCGCUCAGAUUAUAUGCUUCAGGCACAGGAAGGAGGAAUCAAUGAAGACAAAUUGGCUGGCUGUACAUUGAAGCAGGUGGAAUUCAACUCAUUUUCGUGCUCAGGGGCCAGCCAUGCCAACAAGGUGGCUGAUAUGCAUCGGUUCCUCGCGCGAACCGGCCAUUAUGAUACCGAGGACACAAAAUUCGAUCACGCUUCGCUGCCUCCUAAUGAGAAUAUCGAGUCUCUGUUCAAUGUCGCUGACGAGCGACCCCUCGAGUAUGCUCUGUGGAACAAGGAUGACCCUGUACCUGCCCAUAGACUCGAGUUUGGACCGGACGUGCUCGACUACACCUGGCUUACCGAGUCGCGGGAGCUCCUAUUCAAGCCACCGUGGCUAGAUUCAGCGAGUCCAUUCGAGAUAUCCGUAGUAUACAUGCGAGCUGGAUACGAAGCCCGUGAAUACGACAAAACGGGCCGAGAAGCGCGGGAGAAACUUGAAAAGUCGAGAGCAAUCAAGUGUCCAUCCAUUCUCUGCCACCUUGCGACAUUCAAGAAAGUUCAGCAAGCUCUGACGGUUCCCGGUGCACUCGAACGGUUCCUCACUGACUCGGAAGCCGCCGCUAUUCGGCCAACGUUUGCUGCUAUCUAUCCGCUGGAUGACUCGUUCGAAGGAUUGCAAGCGCGGAGAUUCGCAUGCGACCCAAAGCGUGCGACGCGGUAUAUUUUGAAGCCAUCUCUCGAGGGAGGCGGUCACAAUAUCUAUGGCAGUGAUGUCCCGGAUUUCCUUCGCUCUGUGCCAGAACGCCAGUGGUCUACGUAUGUCUUGAUGGAGCGAAUCGACCCUCCCAUCUCGUCCAACCUGCUUAUGAGCCCCGCCGGUGUGGCCGAGGGUGACGUUGUCUCCGAACUAGGCAUCCUGGGGACCUGUCUGUGGCGGACAAGCGAAGUCGCGCGCGGUCGCUGCGAAAUGCUUGAUAACUCCGUAGCGGGCUGGACAUUCAAGACGAAGUAUUCGGAGGUCGAUGAGAUGAGUGUAGUCAAAGGCUAUGGGUGUUUUGAUUCCCCCUCGCUUGUAGAGGCCUGA